CACAGUAUCUCAUGUGUGAGUAGGUGCCAACAUAAUUUCUGUGAAAGUGUGAAAAGCUGAUUAGUUAAGGUACUCUUGAGGUAAAGAGUAACCUAUUCCUAAGAUUGCCCUUCAUUUCUCUCUAUCUCUCUCUCUGCGACACGAUACAAAUAAAACUGAAAUCAUUUUCCACGCCUCGGCUAAGCUGACUCACUGCACGUUGCAUGUGCCAGGAACCACACCGCCCAUCUAGAUUACGACUAUAGACAUCGAAGGCGGCUGCCGACAGUGUGAGCACCGCCAGCCGUUGCAGACGCAUGAUUUCUCCAAGUAGCACGGAAGAUUAUGGGUUAUAUUGUCUGAGGGUGAGAAGAACCCAUUGAUGUGGUAUUAUUUUUCGACUAGGCCUACAAAGAAGUAAAAGAUCCGUCUAUCAGUUGCCCACUCCUGAAUUUGCUCUCAUAUUUCCAAACGAACGUCCGCGAUCAUCUACUUUAGUCCAUAGACGCAACAUCAAGGAUACAUUAAGACUCAGAAGUGGCGGGAAUGCGUUUUUUCACUGCGCAUGUCUUACAGGAAGAUAAUAAUAAAAUACAAUCAUGGCAGCAUUCCGUAGGCGAGGGAACAUAUGUACAGGCGCUCGCGAUGGAAGGAGAGCGAAACCUGAUACCUGUGAUAUGUUAUCCUCUCACUUUUCACCAUUUUAGACGAGGUUCUCCUGUGAAGAGCCCAUAGCCGGGCCAAUCGGUCCAAGUUGCCGCCACAGAAAAGGGAGGUCGUCAAAACACAGCUGCCCACGACAACCCUGCUGCAGUGCUAGGGAUGAACGGCUCUGAAACUUCACGUAAACGUCGUCGGAUGCGUUGGGAAGCCGGGGAACCGAGUAGUGUGCCCAUCAAGCGAGAAUCUGAAGAAGAUAUAAAGGACUACGCAGAGACCACAAUGAAUGAGCUACUAGGAUGGUACGGAUAUGAGAAGUUGAACAGUAGAGAUAAGCAGGGGCUUAAUCUUCAACAUUUUACAUCUGUUGCUUCACCACGAACGCCAUCUACUCCGGGUGGCAGCGGUUCUGAAGAUGCCAGUCGGGAUGUGUCUUCCAACCAGGUUAGAAUAAGAGCUGAUACUCCUGGAAUUAACAACAGCGGAACACAUGAACCUGGCCCAAGGGUAGAAGAACACACCAAUCUUCCUUCUGGGUGCAUAGUUUGCUCGUGGUGUCAGAAAGUAGGAAUGAAACUUUUUACCCUGAAAAAAACAAAUGGAAAUAAGGCUUUCUGUAGUGAACUUUGCUUUACUCAGUGUCGAAGGGCUUCUUUCAAAAAGAACAAAGUCUGUGAUUGGUGUAAACAUGUGAGACACACUGUGAACUAUGUUGACUUCCAAGACGGAGAUCACCAGCUUCAAUUUUGUAGUGACAAGUGCUUGAACCAAUACAGAAUGAACAUAUUUUGUACAGAGACUCAAGCUCAUAUUCAGAUGUAUCCACAUCUCAAAGAAGCUACUUGUAGGGUAUCUGGUAGUAGUUCAUUGAAUUUGAUUACGCCCGAUCUGUGGCUUCAGGACUGCAAAACACAAAGAUUCACAAAUUGUCACGGACAUAAGAGUCCAGAAACAGCUGAGGAAAGUGACACUUCACCAUCAGACAAAAAUAAAAGGAUAACACCUUUCUGUUUAUCUAACAGAGGUUUGGUAAAUUCGUCAUUCCAAGAGGGUGAAACUCCGACUCGACAGUCUUCCAAAAUCAAAGAACAAGAGAAGGUACGUCGUUCUUCUCGUAGUUCCAUAAAAUAUACUACUGUAACACCACCCAUUCGCCAGCCAGCACGUUCCCCAAGUAGUACGAGCAGCACACCUCACAGUCCUAUCAGCGUGAAUACUCACGGUAGUCUGUUAAAUGGUCCUUAUCCGACAGUCAACCCUCACCAAUCUCACGCUUCUCUAAACAUGUUUCCUUCUUUCCAUUUUGGCCCCGAUAAAUUAAGAAAUCCAGUAAUUCUUCCGAAUAUGUAUCCAUCUUCUCUAAACCUGGUGGCUCAGCAGCAGAUGGAGUCCUUGCUUCGAAUGCAACACGGACUAGGGAUUAGACCGAGCAUCACGCCUCUUCCUGUUCCCCCUGGUUUAAUUCCACCUAUUCCUCCACUAUCACAAGCUAAUGUCUCCAGCUCAAUUUUUAACUCCCAACCUAGUCCUUUUCCUCAUGUUCAAACGCACAACCCGUUCACAUCCUCUCUCCUUCCUCCAGUGACAAUUAUGGUUCCUUGUCCUAUUCCGUUUCCUAUACCCAUCCCGGUGCCUUUUCUUCUUCCUGUAUCCUCUAAAGCUAAAUCUCAGCUUUCGACUGGAGACAGCGAAUCUGAAACCCAGUCAACAUUGGCACUGGAUGGAAAUAACAAGAGUGAUAAAAUUAAAAAAUGCUCUCAGACUGAGGUUUCUUCCUUCAAAAGAGUUGAUUCUGUGAUAACCAAACUGAUCUCUGAAGAGAAGAUUCAGUACCACUCAGCCACUUCUCGACUAAGUCCUUUAGAAACAGAUAACCCACUUCAUUUUUCAAACGUAAUGACUCAGCCAACUGAUCAGGGAGCUAGACAAUUCGAACAUUUCAAGUCACGAAAUUGCGCUCUGGAACCAGGAAGUACCGACGAUGAUAAUUUUACUUCAAAUGAUAGUGAUUUAGGAGGAUUAGGCACUUCUGGAUUAGGCGUCAAUUCUGUCAACUCUUACUCAUUUUCUAAAGUUACUCUUAAAUAUGAAAGUGAUAAGAAAAAUGUGAAUCACUCUGCAAGCUGCUAUAACUCUGUAGUUAAACCAGGUUAUUUCAAACAAAAGAGGUCAUCACCCGAAGAUCUCCAAUCAACAUACACGUCCAAAAGAAAGUGUAUACAAGAAAAUUCAACAGAAUAUGAAUCAAAUUAGAUGUGAAAUUAAUCCUUAGCAUUGUUUAAGUCCGAUAUAGAUUUCCCAGAUAAUUUCUGAUUGUUAAAAAAUAUCAUCUGAAAUUGGCAUCUAGAUCAAAGCAACCUAUUUUAUCUCAGUAAUAAUCACAUACUCGUCCGUCCGAUUGCCAUAAAAACUCAAAAAGCUAGCUAAAAACAACCUAAAUGUGAGCAAUGCUUGCCAAUGAAUUUCCUCUGAUAUAAUUUGAAAACACCAGUUCUUCUCCACAAUCAAAACUAUCCAUCAUCUUUGAAAUUCUCCAAAUAUUAAAAACACAUAAUUCUUAAGUUAACAUUUUGAUUAUUUGUAUUAGCGCGUUUACUGGCUCAUCUUCAUUUACAUUUUCAGUUAUUGCACAUUCUUGUUCCGAGGGUACGCUUAGAAAAUAUCUUAUUCAAAAACACACGUAGCCGAACUGGCUCAAAUUAAAUGUUUUCCAAAUGCUUCACCAACCAUUAGUUAUCUUUCUGGUUCUGUUACACUAUAUCAGGAAAACCAUAUCCUUUUGUGAUAGUUUGGUGUUCUGUGACUUAACCUCAUAUGUAUAUAUAGUUUCCCCAAAAUAAGCUGGCAUGAAAUAACAUCCCUAUAAGUAUAAGAAUAAUGCUGAACAAAUUAAAUAUGCUUACUACAUUGUUAUUGCAUGUUGUAAACUGCUCAACUAAGAAAUACCAGUCUUUUGAAUUACUAUUGUAUUAGAUUUAACAUAGCUAAUUGAAGUAUUUCUGAUAACAGUUCAAUAUCAAAAAUGUUGUUGAAUAAAAAAAUCUUUGAAAUUAUCUAUUUUACAUAUAAUACGUUAGUCAGUUCUCUAUCGAAAUAUCACAUUACACCUCAUGUGCAGCUGUAAUUCAGAAUUGUUAGUGUCUUCAAAAUCCUAAAUUAGAGAAAUCAUGUUCGCAAUAUGCCUGUUCACAACCUGCUUUAGAACUGAUCUCUCUCCAAACGAUUGUAAAGUAUAAAAAUUCCUUUUAGUCUGUGCAAUUUCACUUGCAUCUCUUAAUAUGACAUAUUUAUAAAUCCUGUUUAGAAUAUUAUGGACCAAGAUCUAUUGUCCAGGCUUACUGAUUAACUGUUUAAUAUUGAUAUAGAAAUUCCUAAUCUUGUAUGAAGAUUCUUCCAAACUCAAGCUUUCUUCGAAAUAAAGCAAAAUCAGCUACCUUGAGCUCAUUUAAAAGUACAAAAGGGCUUCUGUCCGAAGUAUUGGUUUCGAGAGUAUAUAUACGGUUGUGAAUGUACAUUUAAAUUUUUUUCAGGACUAAUAAAUUUUUUUUCCAAAUUGUUUUGGGAAAUAAAAUAAAUUUUAUAAAUUUUUGCUGUAUUUAAGUCAUUGAUACAAAUUAAUGAGAAUUUUUUCUUUUUCGAAAGAUUGAAGACAUUUUUAUUCACAGAAUGUGACAUAUAAUUAGCUACAAAGUAGCUCAGAAAAUUAAAAGCUAAACAUUAUGUGAACCUACAGAAUCUUCAUGACUUUUAUAUAUGUAACUUCUUUUCAAGUUUACCCAUUGUAGUGUCUUUAUGAUUCUUCAAUUUUCAUAUUAGGACAGGUUAAAUUACAGCUUUGUGAUAAAGCUUUUAUUACUUAUGCUACUCAGCCGUUUAUUUUACCUAAUUAUUACAAAAAGUAAUUACUUAUGCAAAAUCUUUAGAUGGCCAAGAUGACAUUAUUGUAUUACUUUACAUUUUAUAUGUUGACAAGAACAAACGUUAAUGAUAAUCCAUAACGUUGGUUCCACUGAACUUUGUAUAUAAAGUUCACAAAAAUUGUAGUAGUGUACGUAAAUUUAAAAAAUCUGUUUUUCAAAAUAAAUUAUAUACUGUGCGAAGAUUCUUGGGUUACUUUCACAGUUUACCAUUGAGAUAAAUGAUUCACUACCAUGCUUAAACUUUAGAUGUUUCAUAAGUUCAUUGAAUGUAUAUUUGAAUGUGUUUAAAAGCAUACACUCGUUAACAUAGAACGUUUUCUAAAUCUUACAGAAUUGUAGAAAUUGCUCAAGACAAAUUCAGUUCAGAAGUAUUACGGAACUUAAGGCCACUGGUCAUUACUUUUGUGUUUGAAACUUACUACGGAAUAAGUCACGUAAUCGACCAUGCUAACUAACCCUGUAUUGUUUUAUGUUAACUUACACCAUGAUGCUUGUCAUGAAAGGCUUAUUGCAAUCCAUAAGUGUCAAUAAAUGUGAUGUUAUUUUAUCAGUAAGAAAGUAAACAAGUUUGAUGUUUUAAAUUAUAGUGUGAAGUUUCAUGGUAGCAGAAGAAAUGAUAAAUUUCAAUCAUAGCUAACUAAUAGUUGUCAUACAUAACAAGAAAAGCCUAACAGAAUAAGAAAAGUCUACUCUUUACAUAUAGGUUUUCACUGUCACGUGCAUUUUGAUCUCAAGACCAUUAGCCAGUUUUAAUCAAUAGGACAGAGUACUCUGUUGUUUCUGGCACUAUUUGUAGGAAUUCACCACAGAACAUUAAGCUAUGCCAAUAAAAUACUAAUACUAGUAACAAUAAUAAUGCAAUAAUAGUGUUUCAACAAAACCUAAUAAGCUAACUGAAUAUGUUUAGAGUUGUUGAAACAUCAUAAGGUUAGACUUAUUUACAACUUACACUGAUUUGUCGAUGCAAUAAAUUCAAUGGAAAAUGUUUAGCUUGAGCAAUGAAAACGUUACCAAACAUUGUACCUUAUUAGUUUGACUUGGAAUAUCCAACAAUGUGUCUGAUAAAAAGCUUGAUAAAAAGCUUGAUGAAGUUGUUAAGAAUAUGUAACCCCAAUUUAUUACAAACUAGUUGGAAGCUGCAGUUAUUUGUUGUGGCCCGGCAUGGCCAGGUGGUUAGGACGCUUAACUCGCAAUCUGAGGGUUGCAGGUUCGAAUCCCC